AUGGGAAAGAAGCAGCAUCAGAAAGAUAAAUUAUAUUUAACAAAUUCAGAAUGGAAAGCUAUUGGUGGACACAAAGAUGAUACCGGGACACGAUUACAACGCGCUCAGUUCAAAAGAUUACCAAUUACCCAUUGCUCUUUAUCAUUGCUGCCGUUUGAAGAACCAGUAUGCGCUAGAAGUGGCGAAAUCUUUGAUUUGGCACACAUUGUACCAUAUGUUAAAAAGCAUGGAAUAAAUCCGUGCACUGGAAAACCGCUGGCUGUGAAAGAUUUAAUUCAUUUAAAAUUUGACAAGGAUGACGAAGGAAACUUCCGCUGCCCGGUGACAUUCCGUCCAUUCACUGAAUACAGUCAUGUUGUCACAAUUGCUCCAACAGGAAAUGUGUAUUCAUUUGACGCCGUCAAUGAGCUUAAUUUGAAAAGAAAUCAUCUCAAAGAUCUUCUUGAUGAUACUCCAUUUCUUCGUUCCGAUAUUAUUGAUUUACAAGACCCAAAUCAUUUGGAAAAAUUUAAUAUGGAACAGUUUCAUCAUGUUAAACUUGAUUUGAAGACUUCUGAAGAGCUGAAAAAGGAGAAAGAAGCCAUGAAGAAUCCGACAUUCUACAUUCGGCGAAUGAACAACGAAUGCAAAGAAGCCUUAGAUCAACUAAAAAAGGAAUAUGUGCCAAAAGCAAACAUCACUGAGGCAGACCAAACCGCUGAUAGUAUAAAUGCUGCACAUUACAGUCAAGGAAAGGUCUCGCAGGGAUUCACUUCAACGAUUAUGGCUCCGGUAACGAGUAACAAAGCUGCCGUUCUUGACGACGCCACUGUGCGAUAUUCACGAGUAAAAAAGAAUGGAUUUGUGAGAAUAAUUACCAACUACGGACCCUUGAAUCUUGAAUUAUAUUGUCAACGAGUUCCAAAAGCCUGUGAGAAUUUUAUUACUCUUUGCUCGAGGGGAUACUACAACAAUACGAAAUUCCACAGACUCAUCAAAAAUUUUAUGUUGCAAGGAGGUGAUCCUACUGGAACAGGACAUGGCGGAGAAUCAAUGUGGGGGAAGCCGUUCGAAGACGAAUUCAUAUCGGGAUAUUCUCAUGAUGCUCGAGGAGUGUUAUCAAUGGCAAAUAAAGGCUCGAAUACAAACGGAUCGCAAUUCUUCAUUACAUUCCGACCUUGUAAAUAUUUGGAUAGAAAACACACGAUUUUCGGGCGUCUUGUCGGUGGACAUGAAACGCUGAAUGCAAUCGAGAAAGUCGAAACAGAAGAGGGAACCGAUGUCCCACUUACACCAGUUCAAUUCAUGCGUGCAGAAGUUUUCGUUGAUCCAUUCGAAGAAGCUGAGAAGGAAGUUCAAGCAGAAAGAGCUGAAAUCCUGAAAAACACUUCGAAAGACACUCUUGAGCAAUCGAAAAAGAAAAAGGACGAAGUUGUGAAACCGAAGGCAAAUGGAACAGGCGUCGGAAAAUAUAUACAAUCAGUUGCUGCAAACAAGAGAAAUAUUGGAAAAAUCGAGGAUGUGCCUUUGGAACAGCCGAAAAAACGCAAAUUCGUCAAAUCCACACUAAACGACUUUUCAAAGUGGUAG